AUGACCAACAGCGAGAAUAAAACAGCGAAGAUGGCUUUCGAUUGGGUAGAUGAUACCAACGAGGCGGUUGCCGCCGGCGAGCUACCAGAUCUUACCAGCGACCAAAGUGACCUCGACGAUGCCGUCAAGGAUACGACCAAAAUUCAGGUUAAUAUCGGUGGAGUGGUCGCUAGCGGAAUCGACCGACUCAAAAAGGUGUUCUACAAGAAAUUGGGAAUGCUGAACAAGGCCAAGGAAACAGAGUCAAAGGAAAUGAUCGAGGCGUUUGAGUUACAAGAGGCUACAUUGUGGGCGGGUGGUAGAAGGCGGGCAGUCAAGAAACCGAACCCAUUGAGAGAAGUCAUGUUUGCAUAG